CUCAGUGCAGUGUAAGCACUUCUCUAUCUCUUGCUCUGCCAGCGUUGCCAGCCCAGAAUAUCUCCCUCUGCACCUUGUUCGGCGUGUGGGUGUGUGUGACUGGAGCUACAACCCAUGAAGCCCCAACACAGCUGGAACGCACUGGGCCACUGACAGGCGGAAUAGAGGCCUUGAUGGAUGAACGGCCAAUAAAAACGUGGCAUCUGGACAAGCUAACAUCCUUGCUGACAUUAGAUGAUGUUGUUCAUAGCUUUGCUGACUGGUCCAGGCAUAGACUCCAGCAUCAAAGUUGUUCAAACAAGAUAAAACAACUCAAUGUUCAAAUAUCGACUAUUAGCAAGUGUUUUUUUUCCAUCCAAGAGUGAUGCAGAAGUCAGCUGUCUGCGUUGCAAGUAGAGGCUUUAGGCUUUCAGUUGAGUCACAUUCCCACUUCUGCUGUGUUUCCUGAUGAUGUAGGCUGCAGGUCCAAAGCAGUGGUUGGGCUUCCUCAAGGUUUUCCUCUGUUGGAAAUUCUAUGUCAUGUCGUGGUGUAUCAUGAGCUUCACUCACGGUGCACGCUUGUUGUCACAACACAUGUCAGCAUACAGUGCUGUAUAUACCAUGUGGCAUAUACAUUGAGGUAGUGAUACGCCAAGCACCUCCUGUUGAAGUAAUUUUACAAGAGUUUUAGAAAGCUCUAAAUUCAAUUCAAUGGAAAUGUAUCGCAGACCCAAAAUGCUCGUAGUACUGUUACCAGUGAAGACCUCAGUGUCUUUGCCAUAAGUGAGAGAUGCUCCAUUGACAAACAAAAAAUGAAAAACUGAUGCAGGUGGAUGGGAAUCCGACCGAAGACAGGGUUUAUGUUUGAGCGGUGGAAACAGAAGCUAAUGAAUGUUUUUUCACCUGAACGUCAGGAAAGCUUUUUUCUGAAGUUGACCUCAAAUAACCAAACUACUCUGUUUUGACCUUUACUUCCCAGUUAUAGUAGUCCCAACUACUAUAGUGGAGCCAAUAAUCUGUUGAGCCGUUGAUCGUGUUUCAUGAGAGUACAACACACCGACUGUGAGAGAAUUUAGCUUCAGAAAGAGGUAAUGUUGCAGUGUCCUCUCGUAUAAAGUGAGUUAUGUAGUCUGCUGAAGCCGGUCAGGAAUUACACCCUCUACUGGAGCGUUUCCGGUCACGUGGUGUCAAAGUCCCAACUACUAUAGUGGAGCCAAUAAUCUGUUGAGCCGUUGAUCGUGUUUCAUGAGAGUACAACACACCGACGGUGAGAGAAUUUAGCUUCAGAGAGAGGUAAUGUUGCAGUGUCCUCUCGUAUAAAGUGAGUUAUGUAGUCUGCUGAAGCCGGUCAGGAAUUACACCCUCUACUGGAGCGUUUCCGGUCACGUGGUGUCAAAGUUACCGCGAUAUAAUUAAGAGUCUGUGUGUGUUGUUUGAGCUGCAUAGGAAACUGCGCAUUGGCCAUGGCCUACUAUCUAUAUUUAGCUUGAAACCCUCUCUUUUCCCCUCCUGAGCUCCCCUGCCUGACCCUCGCUCACUGCUGCAGGCAUUCCCAUAUCUGAACAUGCAAAGGCGGUGCAGCAUUGCAAAGAGGCAGAGUUUCAGUCGGGGAGCUGCGAGUGUAUUGAUCGCUGGUUUGAAGAGUCAGAGUUGAUACAAGAGAUCCCAGGUUGACUUCAGGAGGACCAUGGAACCAUGUUUGAAUACUAAGUCCAGUUAACUGCCUCCUGGAUUGUGGGAAUAUGUCUUUAUGAAUGUUUAUAGUUCAGUGAAUUGGAACUAUGGAAGAAGGCGAGCUGAUGAUCCGGUUGCCAGGGAAAUCCACCGCCCCUCUGGACAGCAAGGGGUUUGGCGAGACGCUGGUGCUGAGACACAAAGAGGUUCACCACUUCUUCUUCGUCCCCUUCAGGGAACAGCCGAUCUACAGCACCCGGGCUCACGUCUUCCAGAUUGACCCCAACACCAAGAAGAACUGGCUUCCCACCAGCAAGCACGCAGUCACCGUCUCCUACUUCUACGACAGCACACGCAACGUGUACCGCAUCAUCAGCCUGGACGGCACCAAGGCAAUAAUUAACAGCACCAUCAGUCCCAACAUGACGUUCACAAAGACCUCGCAGAAGUUUGGCCAGUGGGCGGACAGUCGAGCGAACACCGUCUACGGCUUGGGAUUCUCCACAGAGCAUCAUCUAUCCAAGUUCGCAGAGAAGUUCGCUGAGUACAAAGAAGCGGCUCGGCUGGCCAAAGAGAAAAGCCAGGAGAAGAUGGAAAUGGCUACGUCUCCUUCCCAGGAGUCUCCAGCGGGUGAGCUGGCAUCACCUCUGACCCCAGUGACUCCGCCCAUGGAAGCGCUGAACGGCACGGAUGAUCUGUGUGACGCCACUCCUAAUUCAGAGAAUCGCCCGGAACCCUCGCAGAACGCACUGGCCUUUGCUCACAGCCCCACCAUGACAAAACACUGGGAGGCUGAGCUAGAGGCGCUAAAAGGGAACAACGCCAAGCUCACAGCGGCUCUGUUGGAGUCCACGGCCAACGUCAAACAGUGGAAGCAACAGCUGGCUGCUUACCAGGAGGAAGCAGAGCGGCUACACAAACGGGUGACAGAGCUCGAGUGCCAGAGCAACCAAACACCAGCCAUCAAGUCCCAGAAAACUGAACUCAACCAAACAAUCGAGGAACUGGAGAAUACUCUCAGAGAUAAAGAAGAGGAAAUGGAGAAGCUGAAAGAAGAAUUGGAAAACAUGAACGACCUGAUGGAGCAGAAAGACACUCUUACGCAGAAACUUGAGGAGACGGAGCUGCGUGGCCGGGUCCUGGAGGAGCAGUUGGCCGGGGCCGAGCAGCGGCUCGAGGAGAACCAGGAGGAGCAAGAGAACUUCAGGAAGAGCCUGCGGACGCUGCUGGAGAUGCUGGACGGCAAGAUCUUUGAGCUGACGGAGCUCAGAGACACACUGGCCAGGCUCAUAGAGGAAGCCAGCUAGAAGAAUGUGAGCUGCAGAAUCUGACACAGCCAUAUGAGUCCACGCACCUACUCCAGUCCCCACCCACUACCACCCACUUUCCUCAGAAAGGUUAUAGUUCAGACACAACACUGCCCCAGUCGUGAUUCUUGCUUAAAGUGGGCAGCUAUUCCCUCGUCUUCUCCACGCAGGCUCCAACUCCACCACCGCAGGCAGCACAGGGACUACCUCAGCGAGCCUUCUGAUUGGCUGGUGUGGAAGAAUUGUAAACAUGUCUGAUGAGGCAACUGCCCUGCAACCCACUGGCAUCCACCUUCACCCAAGUCCACACGGAUAACUCCAGAACUGUGCCUCAGCGCCGCCUGCAGUUCAGCUGGAGAACUGCACCUCGUCUUUUCCUCCACCUGAAGGGGAAUGUAAGUUACAAGUCAAGCGGAAUUUGCUGUAAAGACUCAAUGAACUGCGCCAAAGCUGCGAGAUUCACCCAAGAUAUCACCCUAAUACAGAUGCUUCGAUCCAAAGUGACUCACUGUACAGCGAAAGAGUCCCACUUGAGUGAGAAACUGCCAGCAUCCCAGAGAGUUUUGAGGACACAGAAAGCCUUACUUUCGGGGCCUGAUGAGUGUUUGGACAAAGAAAAAAUAUUUUGGUGGUUGUUUCUGCUGUGAGAAUGAGUUCCUCCUAUAUACAUAUAAAUAGAUAAUAUUAACCGCCACUCCAACAAGAUGAUCGAGGAAUCGCAUCUGCAUCGUUUGUGCCAUGACGAAAUUGGAGAGGAAUCCCUGCUUCCACCAUUGCAGUCAGCCGACCUGUCUUCCUGCCAAACUCAGUGUGCUGUGUGUUUCUGAAUAAGGCCUGACCCUGACGUGUGCCUUCACGUGCACACAUAAAGAGGACACUUUGUAAUAUAGAAUUUGAGUGUGUGUGUGUGUUUUGCGUUGUCAGAGAGCGACUCUUGUGGAGGCCAACAAACACACGCACACACACACACACUGAGCAAUACCAGACAGGCUCUGUACAACACUUCUAUUUAACUCUAUCAGGUACUAUACUCAGUGGACUCAUGCAGAUGUGUAACCCCUUCCUCCCUCCAACCCUCCUCCCACACACACACACACACCUCCCCGACCAACAGAUAGUGUACUGCUGAUGACCGUAAACCUGUGUUGGUCAGAGUAGUGCAUGGCGAAGGGCUUACGGAGUGUCAUCAUCAUCUCUCAACUGCUCAUGGAUAUUCACUCCUCAUGAGCAGAAACAGAACUCUUUUUUACUCAGAGUAUAUUACCGCGCUAGUGAUAAUGCUGUAUGAUACUUUCUACUUGGCAUUACAAAUGAAAGGCGCCUCAGUAGAAUGCAGACACACCACCACGCGGCGGCUUAUUGUUGUGUAUUAACCAACAUACCGUCCUCACAGAACAUGUAUAUUAAAUCUAUAUUCUAAAUCUAUAUACUCCUGUCAAAGCAAAAUAGUCAACGCCACGUGUAAAAUCUCACACUUAAAUUCUUCAAAUCCACAUGACAUGCUGCAACUUUUGAGGUCUUAAAUAUGUUUGAGCACCUUUUUUGCACUGAUUUUAUUACACUUUGUAGCAACAUGAAUUAUUGAUUUACAUUCGUGUGCCCAGAUUUUUGCUCUAGCCACACACACACACACACACACACACAGGUUAAUACACUGGAACAAGGCCUGAGUAGAAGAAAAUGUUGAUUGUUUAACACAGAGUGAACACAUUAAUAUUCAUGCUAUUGUUGAUGAAUGCCUUUGUACAGUAGUGGAAUAAGCUUUUCAUUCUCUUGUUUUGUAACUUAUGGUAUUUAAUGUACGUAUAAUUAUGAUUAUUGUAUCCAGAGGUAUGAGAAGACUGGCAAUAUUUUUGACUAUUUAAAGUAAUUUUAAACUAAAUUAAAGAGGUACCUCAGGCUUCAUGAUGCUAGGCGGAUGAACAGAUUCCUCAGAGGUUGGUGACAGAUGGAAGAAAGAUCCUUUCUAACCAGGAGAAGAACACACAUCUGUGAAUGGAGAAAUGCUAUGUUUUAUAUUCAAAUACAGUGGCCGCAGAAUUCUGUGUGUGCAAAUCCCACUGCUUCUGUUUGCUUCUUUGGCGGGGUGUCUCCUUCACAGACCAGGAUUUAUGUCCACUUAUAGUCGGACACCACUCAAGCACACAGACACACAAGAGUCAUCUGUACAUCUCUGUGUGUGGACACGCAUUUUUUGCAACCCUUUUUCAACCCUCCUGUUUAAAACUCUGACAGAGACAAAGAGAUUCAACAGCAGCUCGCAUUGGUAAAACCGAUUUUUAUUGAAUUGCAGGGACAACAAUGCAGUUCCAAACAACAAUUGUGUAAUGUGUCCGCAUAAGACUGCAAUGUCUGACAAGUAGUCCUCAGGUUAAGAUUUCAUUGUAUCAUUGUGUUGUUACGGUGCAUUUGUCAGUCAAGCGAGUGUUUACGAGGCAUGUGCCAGACCGGGGGGAGAGGGGUGAUGAAGACGCUAAUGGAAGAUACCGAUUUGACCACAAGGAGUUGAUGCAAGGACAUCUAAAGCUUCAUUUUAAGUCAGGAUAAAGGUCAUCUCAUGAACUCCCCCUUUACUUUUGUGAUGAUGUAACCACUUUCCAUGGACUCCGCGGCUGGUGCGUCCCAUAUGGUUGCAGCAGGUUUGGAGCGUGACUGCGUGAGCACCAGUAAUAUGACUCAGCAACCUCCUACCAAGGUGCUUCUGCCCACAGCAUGAGAAAGUGAUGUGAAAAGAGGAAACAAAGACAAGAGAAAGAGAGUGUGCUGCUGGCCCACGGUGACUCCCAGCAGAGCGGAGAGAAUCCAGACGCCUACCUGCCAUCCAUCAUUCCACCGAGCGUGACCAUUCCAACAGGACCUCCACGGACCGCCCACUCUCACUACUGCCACGACCUCAGCCUCCCUGAGGGCCCGGGCCUCCAGCUCUCAUCACUAAACUGUUUCACCCACAAUCUACUCCACUUCAGCAGCCCAUAUGCUGGAGAGAGGCACAAAUCCACUGGAGUAGUCGAGCUAAAAUGAU